CACGGAAAUACAGUGUAGUUAGAACGACGUCAACGUUGAAUCGCUGAUGCAGAUGUCAACUAUUUGGACGAUAGCUGAUUUGAUAUUCAUAGCGAAAUUACUCACAAUUUAGACACAUACCUAGCUAUCUACGUACCACAUAUUCCGUUUUCCGUUAUAUGGAGUUUUUGCAGUUUCUGUCAUGGGCGUGCAUCGUAUUUACAGUCGGGAUGUUCUCGACUGGACUGACGGACCUGAAGAAGAUGAGAGCUUCCAAAAGUGCAGAUAACGUCCAGUUCCUUCCCUUCCUCACCACAUGCCUCAAUAACCUGGGCUGGCUGUAUUAUGGGAUACUGAAGACGGAUGGGACUCUGGUCCUGGUUAACACCAUAGGAGCCUGUCUACAGUCCCUCUACAUCCUCUCCUACUGCCACUACACCAAUGACAAGAGGCGAGUGACCUCUCAGACGUUACUAGCAGGAGUAGUGGUCUGUGGAGGCUGGCUGUACUUCAGUGUUCUCCUUCCUCAGGGAGAGUCUCAGCUGGCCCAGUUAGGCCUCACCUGCAGCCUGUUCACUGUCAGCAUGUACCUGAGUCCACUCGCUGACCUGAUGAAGAUAGUGCGUACAGGUAGUGUGGAGUGUUUGUCCUUCUCUUUGACUGUAGCUACCUUUCUCACCUCAACAUCCUGGACGCUCUAUGGACUACAGCUGCAAGACUACUAUAUCAUGGUUCCAAACACGCCAGGCAUCGUGACCAGUCUCAUCCGGUUCUUCCUGUUCUGGAGAUUUGCAUCUGUCAAUCAAGGUGUGCCGUCCUAUAAGCUCAUCGAAAUCUAAGUGGCUGGAGACUCGCCCACCAACGGUUACAAGGGAGAGGGAUAACAGGCUUCUUGACCCUAUCAUGGGCAGGCUGUCAAUCACGGAUAUUGUUACUCAUAUUCUAAAUGGUUCAUGAUCACUCCUACCCACCAAGGGUUUAAGAAGUCUUUCACCACUCAAGGCAGAAGUUGUCCCUAAUCACAGAUCUAGGAUCAGAGUACCCUAGCAAUAGGGGAUGAAAAAUGCUGAAUAAAUAUCUGACCCUGUGUCAGUGGAUAGGGGCAUUUUCCUCUGGCCCUUUCUCCCUCCACCACUUCCUUUUAGUGCCUUCUGUCCUAGUCUGGGACAUCAUUACUGCCACCUGAGAUAACCAAACUCACAACUCAACCAUGGGCAUGACAGUCCUGCCCUGUCAAUCACAGUAGUCUCUGUUACCCAGUGGGAGGUUUUUGCUCUUAGCAUCAAAGCGCUGCUAUUGGUUGAAUCCCUCUAACUAACAGGGCAGGAUGAUCCCGCCCCUAGUGGGGUUUGAGACCCCACUCACCUUUUAUAGUUGACUUGUAUGUCCUCAUCACUAUGGUACCCUGUAAACUAGGGGUGAACAACUCUGUUCCUGGGAGCCACAGUAUCUACUGGGUUAUUAUCCUUCUGUUUUAACUAGACUGAUGUAUACCUGUAUAACCAGCCGUCUACGGUCUAGACUCGCUAGUCAAUCAGUGAUAUGAAUGGAUCAAUGAAGUACCAAGGAGAGAUGAAAACCAGCAAGACUGUGUGGUUCUAGUAGGACUAGUUGUAGCUGGGGUGUAGAGCCCUCAGUUGUGCAUUCCUAAUAGGGUUGCUAAAUUCCGGGAACGUUCAAUAAAGUUUUUCCGAAAUCCCAGUUGGAGGAAUCCCAGAAUCUGAAGGGAAUAAUAAGGAAGUCUGGAAUCCUCCAACCAGGAUUUCUGGAAAACCAGGGAACCCUACUCUAAGCAGACGUCAUGUACUCUACAUAAUCGGUACUUUGUCUCUAAAUCCAUGAACUGAGGGAAGACUCUUUCUGUGUGAGCGGUUGUUACUAAGAUAUCCAUUCCUGUUUUGUUUCAUACACAAUGUUUUUGUUUGUUGUAUUUGGGUCGUAUGCCUUUGUGUGCAUGUUCACAAUAUGUUUUUGUUUAUUUUGUUUUACAUUUGUCCAAACUAAAUAUAAAGUAAGUUUAUUGUCUAUGCUAUUUUGUUUUAGAUGCAAUGGAUUGUGAAUAGGAUAUUCUACAUAUGCUAUUAUAAUGGGAUAUUAUCACUAUGGAAAUAAGGGAGUUGGGGCUUUGCUGGGUAUUCAGACUGAUUGAAUAAAUGAUUUAUACUGUUGUCUAA